AUGAAUUUCACCCAGAAAGGGAAUUUGCAUAAACAUAUGAGGAUUCAUACCGGUGAGAAACCGUACAGUUGUUCAAAGUGUGGGAUGAAUUUCACCGAGAAAGGGAGUUUGCAUAAACAUAUGAGGAUUCAUACCGCUGAGAAGCCAUUUUCUUGUCCGGAAUGCGCGAGGAAUUUCACCGAGAAGGGGAAUUUGCUUAAACAUAUGAGCAUUCAUGCCGAUGAGAAACCGCACAGUUGUUCGAAAUGUGGGAUGUAUUUCACCAUUUUAUCGAAUCGGCUUGAGCAUUGGAGUAUUCACAUUAAUGAAGAACCGCACGCUUGUUCUGUGUGCAAUAAAACAUUCUCGCAAAAAAGUAAUAUGAAACGUCACAUGAAGAUUCAUAACAAUGAUAGGCGCUGA